CCUUUUCCUCCAUCUUCACUCCUUUCUCUCAUCCAUCAUUCCACCCCACUCUCCUCCUCCUCCUUCUCCUUCUCCUCCUUCUCUUCUCUCUCUCAAUCCCAUUACCAAAUCUCAAAGCUCUUCUUCUCUAUCCCUACAAUAAACCAUCAACCAUGAAAGAAACCAUAAGGUGCUGCAUCUCUUGCAUCCUCCCAUGCGGUGCUCUAGACGUCAUCCGCAUCGUCCAUGCAAAUGGCCGUGUUGAAGAGAUAAGCCAUGCAGUACGUGCCGCUGAUAUCUUACAAGAUUAUCCCAAACACGUUCUUCGGAAACCACCUUCUUCUUCUUCUUCUUUCUCUUCAUCCUCCUUCUCAGACUAUGAUGAUGAUGUUUCACAUCAUAAACCAAUCAUAGUCCCUCCAAACGCUGAGCUUCAAAGAGGAAAGAUUUACUUCCUCAUGCCGGUUGCCACCUCACCGGCGCCGGAGAAACAAAGAGUUCAUGGCAGGAGAAGGAGGAAGAAGAGAGAUGUGGAUGGUCAUGAUCAUGGUGUGAUGAAUGACAGAACUAGGCUUCUUGUUUCUGAUCAAUACUUGUCUGAGAUUUUGUCUGAGAAGGUGAUGUCUUCUCAGAGGGAUAGGAGAAGAGGAAGAGUUGCUGUUUGGAGACCUCACUUGGAGAGCAUCUCUGAAGCUUCUAAUGAUCUUUAAACUUAAAAGAUCCAUGCAUUUCUUCUUCUUCUUCUUCUUCAUUUCUCUCUUUUGUUUCUGCCUUUUGUACCUUUGUUAAUUUUUUUUUUUUUGUUCUUCUUGAUGUUCUUCAUGGUAUUUAUUCUGUAAAGACAGAUGAACAUUUUCUCUUCUUUGUAAUUUGGUUAACUUUAAACUUUCUCUUAAUGAAGUAGUCAGCAGUGUGUGUUUUUGUUUAA